UAGGAAUAGCUUAUUCUUGAAGAUUUAGAUGGCACUCUACAUUUUCUUGUUGAGUUUGCUAGCUUUUUCAUUUGCUCUGGUAACUGCCUUUGAGCCCAGUCCCUUGCAAGAUUUCUGCGUCGCAGACCUAACUAGCUCAGUUCGAGUAAAUGGUCAAACUUGCAUGGAUCCUAAGAUGGUAAAAGCUGAUCAUUUCUCCUUCAGUGGUCUCCAUUUAGCUGGUAACACGUCCAACCCCCUUGGCUCUAAGGUGACCCCUGUCACUGUGGCUCAAUUACCUGGCCUUAACACCCUUGGCAUCUCAGUGGCACGCUUAGACUAUGCACCAAAGGGUGUUAUCCCUCCUCACACGCACCCUCGUGCCACAGAGGUACUGACAGUAAUAGAAGGCAGCCUUGAGGUUGGCUUUGUGACCACCAACCCAGAUAACCGGUUCAUCUCAAAAGUCCUUCGAAAGGGUGAUGUUUUUGUCUUCCCACUAGGGCUUGUCCACUUCCAGCGAAAUGUGGGAAGUGGAAAUGCAGUCUCUAUCUCCGGCUUGAGCAGCCAGAACCCUGGUGUCAACACCAUCGCAAAUGUUGUUUUCGGAUCAAACCCUUCCAUUUCUACUGAUGUUCUUGCAAAGGCUUUCCAGGUGGAUAAGAGCAUAAUUAAAAGCCUUCAAGCACCAUUCUAG